AUGAAUAAAACUCUCACUUACCUCGAUCUUUUCUGGAAAGAAAUAUCUGCUCGAGGAGGUGAAGCAAUGGCAGAUGCUUUGAAAAACUAUGUUCGAGAUCAAAACACCACAUUUUGGUUAAAAGAUGUUAAAAAAUUAACUUGGCAAUGGAUCAAUAGUUGCGAUUCGAAAGCAGCAUCCGGUUUUAUCGAACAUGUCCAUCUUUAUGAAGAAAAUUUUAAAAAAGCCGAUUAUUUUUCGGAACAAGUCGAGGUCGAACUAAGUCAUGAUGAUGAUAUUGAAAUCGAUCCAGAUUUGACUGAAGAUGAACAUGAAGAUCAUAUAGCUUUAAAUAAGAAACACAUUCAUCUAAAACCGAGAAAAACGUUGCCAGGCGGGAGAGCUUAG